AUGCGUCUCAACGCAACAACCCCCUCCAUCUUCCUUGCCCUUCUCGCCCUGGCCUUCCCCUCGACCAUCCUCGCCGCGCGCCCCAAGAAUGCAAUCCUCCUCUCCGAUGUCCAAUCCCUAACCCUCCACCACCCCUCCCUCACAACCGCCCGCCGCACCGCCCCCAUCCCCCAACUCAAAUGCCUCUCCCCGCGCCCCCUCUGCAAGCGCGCCGCCAUCCAGACCAUGCGCUGCACCAACCAAGGCUCCUCCUACUCCUCCCAGGACAUCGAGUGGGCGUGCACGGCGUCGGUGCCCUCCGGGAUCCGGCUGGAGCGCACCGAGGUGAUCUGUGAGGGGUACGCGUCGGCCGAUGAUGAGUAUGUGCUGAGGGGGAGUUGUGGGGUGGAGUAUACGCUGCGGGAGGUUAGGGGGGAGUAUGGAGGGGAGAAGGGCGGGGUGGGUGGUGGUGGUGGUGGUGGUGAUGGGGGUUGGGAGGGGUGGAAUGGUUGGGAGAAGGGGGAUGGGGCGGCGAAGUGGCCGCAGGUGGUGUUUUGGAUUGUGUUUUUUGGGGUGCUGGGGUGGAUUAUUAUGUCGGCGAUCGAGGCUAGUCUUGAUCAUACUCCGAGGGCUGGAGGUGGUGGUGGUGGUGGUGGGGGUUGGAGACCGGGCUGGGGAGGCGGAGGCGGUGGUGGUGGAGGUGGAGGUGGCCGUCGCAAUGAUCCGCCGCCGCCGUAUCCCGGUUCGGGACCGAAGCCGUCAUCGUCGUCGUCCGGUGGGGGGUGGACUCCUGGGUUUUGGUCUGGUCUGGCGGGCGGUGCGGCGGCGGGAUAUGCGGCUGGCAGCAACCGCGGACAGCGGAGCAAUACCCGGUACGACAGCCCUAGCUAUUCUCGAUCCUCUUCCGGGUUUGCCUCUGGUUCCAGGGGCGACAGUGGGAGCUCUUCAACCGCAAGCAGCUCAGGGUCCGGCGCACGCCAGGAGAGCACCGGCUACGGAUCGACCAGUCGCCGUUGA